AGAGAGAGAGAGAGAGAGAGAGUACACCGCUGCUGUCUGUCUGAAUCUUUCUCGAAUCCUGGGAAAGUUCCAGGGGCAGGCUGGCUGGCGGAGGGAUCUGGCACGCAGGCACUGCGGCUCCAGCCUGGCUGACGCCGGGGUUGUGGCGCUCCGCUCGGCUCGUGGAGGCUCAAGGGCUCCUAGCAAACACGCUCCCCACCUUGCUCUAUCCGCGCCACGCUCAACUGGGCAGCCAGACAUCACACGCAGGAACAGAGGGACAGGAAUUGCCCCCGUCUUUCACAACAGUGAAGCGCUGUAGUGAAUGGACAUCACACAGCAGAGAUGACUGAAACCUGACCUGCACGAGGAAUAACAUUCACUACCGGAGGCUACCAUUCUGACCAGACUGUAUUUCUGCUAAGAGAGAGAGAGAGAGAAAGAGACAGAGAAAAAUAAGAUAUUUGGGAUUAUUCCAACAUUCCCACCUCUGUUCCAGACUUUCCUCCCUCCUGGUCUCUUCAGGAAGCACCAACGGAACUAAUGAACCCCGGCUUCUGUUUACAUAGACUCCUCACACUCCUCUUCGAGCUCCUUCCCUGAUCCCUCGCUCCUGCUCUCCUUUACCCAUCUGGGCAACAAUCCAUCCCUCACACUCCUCUUCUAUCCCCCUGUCCCCCCCUCUCUCACCUCCUCUCAUCACAUUCCCUCCUCCCUCUUUCACCCGAAGUGGUGCUUCUCAUCCCUCCCUCCAUCCAUCUCUACAUAGCACCAUUCAUCCAUCCCUCCAUCCAUCUCUACAUAGCACCAUCCAUCCCUCAUGCAUUCCACCACCUCUAUCACGUCCCUCUUCUCCUUCACGAGCCCUGCAGUGAAGAGGCUUCUGGGAUGGAAACAGGGAGAUGAGGAGGAGAAGUGGGCAGAGAAGGCUGUGGACUCUCUGGUGAAGAAACUAAAGAAGAAGAAGGGAGCGAUGGAGGAGUUAGAGAAGGCCCUCAGCUGCCCCGGACAGCCCAGUAAGUGUGUGACCAUCCCUCGGUCUCUGGACGGUCGUCUCCAGGUAUCCCAUCGUAAAGGUCUUCCCCACGUCAUCUACUGCAGAGUGUGGAGGUGGCCCGACCUACAGUCUCAUCACGAACUCAAGGCCUUGGAGUGCUGCCAAUUCGCCUUUGGAUCCAAACAGAAAGACAUCUGUAUCAACCCCUACCACUACAGACGGGUAGAGACACCAGUGCUUCCCCCAGUAUGUCCCCGCCACAGUGAGUUUAACCCUCAGCACAGUCUACUGGCUAAAUUCCGGAACGCCUCGCUCCACAGCGAGCCCCUGAUGCCCCAGAACGCUACAUACCCGGACUUCUUCUCCAUCCCCUGCGCCUCCUCAUCCUGCGCCUCCUCAUCCUCUCUCACCCAGUCCCCCACCUCCGCCAGCUACCCCAACUCUCCCAGCAGCGCAGUCGAACCUACCAGCCCUACCACAUCACAGACUCCCUCCUCCCCCUAUAGCAUGAUGGAGACAGUCCCAACUGAGGAUGUCAAGCCUGGAGACUCCUCCAACACACACAAGCUCACCUUCUCAGCUCCGCCACAGCACCUGCGGCCUGUGUGUUAUGAGGAACCAGAGUACUGGUGUUCAGUGGCGUACUACGAGCUGAAUAAUCGUGUCGGAGAGACGUUCCACGCUUCGUCCCGUAGCGUUCUGGUGGACGGCUUCACCGACCCCUCCAACAACAAGAACCGCUUCUGUCUCGGCCUGUUGUCUAACGUCAACCGCAACUCCACCAUCGAACACACACGCAGGCACAUCGGAAAAGGUGUCCAUCUCUACUACGUGGGUGGUGAGGUCUAUGCAGAGUGUCUGAGUGACAGCAGUAUCUUCGUCCAGAGUCGUAACUGUAACUAUCAGCAUGGUUUCCAUGCCACCACCGUGUGUAAGAUCCCCAGCGGCUGUAGUCUGAAGAUCUUCAACAACCAGCUGUUCGCCGAGCUCCUCUCUCAGUCCGUCAACCACGGCUUCGAGGUGGUCUACGAACUCACCAAGAUGUGUACUAUACGCAUGAGCUUCGUCAAGGGCUGGGGUGCAGAGUACCACCGUCAGGACGUCACCAGCACCCCCUGCUGGAUAGAGGUGCACCUGCACGGCCCUCUGCAGUGGCUGGACAAAGUCCUCACACAGAUGGGCUCUCCCCAUAACCCCAUCUCCUCCGUGUCCUAACACACACACAUACACACACACACACACAGAUGUGGUCUGUCCUAAAACACACACACACAUAUCCUCUGUAUCCUGACACACACACACACACAUCAUAAUGGAUCUAUGCUUAUCUCAACUGAUGCUAUUGAAAUAGCAGCCUUUCCUUCCUGACUGGAAUCAACCGUCAUUUAACAUUACGAUGGUAUUUCAGUUGAUAUCAAUCAAUCAAUCAUACAUAAGUUACUGUAGCUUUCAGUUAGUCAAUGUACAACGUGUCAGUGUUGCAGAUACAUAUUGUAUUGUUUUAGCUACUCUGCUGUUUAGUUAUACUUCUACUGUAAGGGACAGUAACCAGCGACAACUGACAUCGGAAUAUGCGUUUCAUAGUUUUUUGUUUAGGUGAUGUCGGAGGUGUAACCGUGAUGGGAGCUGUCGUAAAUCGGUGAGCGGCUGCUCUUGUCGUCAUUGUAACGAAAUAACACAUCUUUACAUCCCACCUGCGUUAGAAGUUCAGAACGAGAAAAGUGUAGGGCUAUAGUUGAAAUAAUGACACUCAAAUUAAACAAUUAUAAGGAUUUUUAUAUCAGCCAAUCGAGGUGUAGAUUACAACACACGAUCCAGUGUUCCAACUUGUAACACAGCUACAUGAGGUCAUUAUUAACGCAACUAGAUGCAUCCAAUGGCAAUGUCCUGUACAGGUAUAACACCAGGAGCCGGUUGCUGAUUUGACAGUUCCAACGCGGUACACCUCUCCCACAACGCCUAAACACAAACAAUGAUGCUGCUAAGCAGUUGUGGGUUAAGACAGAACUGUUUUAAUCGAGUCCUUCAGUGUCAUUAGACUAUUUUGUGGGUUAAGGCAGAACUGAUUAAAUCUAGCCCUUCAGUGUCAUUAGACUAGGUUGUGGGUUAAGACAGAAUUGGUUUAAUCGAGCCCUUCAGUGUCAUUAGACUAUUGUUGUGGGUUAAGGCAGAAUUGGUUUAAUCGAGCCCUUCAGUUCAUUAGAACUAUGUUGUGGGUUAAGGCAGAAUUGUUUAAUCGAGCCCUUCAGUGUCAUUAGACUAAUGUGUGGGUUAAGGCAGAAUUGGUUAAUAUCGAGCCUUCAGUGUCAUUAGACUAUGUUGUGGGUUAAGGCAGAAUUGGUUUAAUCGAGCCCUUCAGUUUCAUUAGACUAGUUGUGGAGUUAAGGACAGAAUUGGUUUAAUCGAGCCCUUCA